AUGUUUAUUUUUAUGGACAAUGAAGGUUCUUUCAUAACAAAUGUUACAAUCCGUGCACAUCGUUGGUUAGUCGCUUCUUCUUUCUGGUUUCAUCUAUUGGAAUAUAGAGUUAUUUUGGUGACGUUUAUCAAGACGUACCGUUUGCAUUUCAAUAUUUUAUAUAAGCGCACAUGUUUUCAACUGUUGUUGAUGGGCUGUACGAGCUCGAAGCAUGAAUUAUCGAAAGGUGAUCUUGAAUUUUUAAAAUUACAUACAUCAUAUUCAGAAAAAAAAAUUAAAACUUGGUACAAAGGUUUUAUGAGAGAUUGUCCCAACGGUGAAUUGACACGCGAUUCAUUCAUUCAAAUUUACAAGCAAUUUUUUCCCAAAGGACGUGCAGAAAAUUUUUGCGAACAUGUCUUUCGAGCUUUUGACACUGAUAAAAGCGGAAAAAUUGAUUUUAAAGAAUUUUUACAAGCAAUCAAUAUUACAUCACAAGGAACACCUGAUAAAAAGUUAGAAAUGGCAUUUCGUAUGUAUGAUUGUAAUGGUGAUGGUUCAAUCGAUGAAAAUGAAAUGAGACGUAUUAUUGGUGCAAUUUAUGAAUUAAUUGGUGAUGAAAUCGAUAAAAAAGAACGGCAAAUAGAAGCAGAGGAACGUGCUCUGAAUAUAUUUACAAUGAUGGAUAAAAAUUCUGAUGGUAUAUUAAGUCGAGAAGAAUUCAUUGAUGGUUGUUUAAAUGAUGAACAACUUUAUCAGUUAUUAACACAAUCAAGUCGAAUUGGCGAUGAUCGAGAUUCAGAGUCAUCACUAGAAGAUUAA